GCAAAAGGUGUAGGUUCAGAUAAUAUUCAGCUAGAAUGGGAAACUGACAAUGAACUCGAACAGGGUCACUGAUUUGAGAUUUACUAUAAAAUACACAACGAGGGAAGAUGUGUUCAAUAUCUGUCGGAAACACCAUGUAAGUUUACGAGGAUCUUAAUAGAAAACCUACAACCACAGACCAGUUAUAUUUUUAAGAUUAAGAUAGUCAGCGAAAAAACAGAAUUUGAAGGUCCCUCGAGUCUCCUGAGCGACAAAAUAACAACAAAUGAAUCAGCUAUAAACAAUUUGUUGAGCACAACCAAAAUGAUUUGUGACACUACGAUAAAGCAGUACCAAUUACCACUUACAGAAAACAAAGAAGCAAGAAAUGAACUUUUUAAGACAAGGAAAUACUGCAUAGGAGACGAUGCAGUUUCUAUCAUAGACCAGACAGUCAUAUUAGUUGGAGCAACAGGUUCAGGUAAAACAACGUUGAUAAAUGCUAUGGUUAACCACAUCGCUGGUGUGAAAUGGGAAGAUAAGGCACGCUUAGUUUUAAUACCACCAGGAAAAGAGGGUAUUGAUAGUCAAUCACAGUCAGUUUCACAAACACGAUGGGUAACUUGCUACAAGAUACAUCGGAGUCAAGGAACUCCAAUUUAUAUUAAGCAUGCCAUUAAUCUAAUUGAUACUCCCGGCUUUGGUCAUACAGGCGGUAUCAAAUACGACAAAGAAAUAGUAAAUCAAAUUGAAAAUCUCUUCAAAUGUAGAGACGAAAGGGGAGUACGUUUUGUUGAUGCUAUAUGCUUUGUCGUGAAAGCUCCUGAUGCAAGGCUAACCAGUAGCCAGAGAUAUAUUUUUACAUCAGUUCUCUCUUUGUUCGGAAACGACAUUAAAGAACAUAUAUGUACGGUGAUAACAUUUGCAGAUGGUCAGACACCCCCUGUGGUUGAAGCCCUGAAAGAUCUGGACGAAAAAGCUAUCCCAUACGAAUCAUAUUUCACAGUAAAUAAUUCAGCAUUGUAUGUCGAAAAUACGUCGGAUCAUUUUCACUGUCAAACGUCAAAACUAUUUUGGGAUUUAGGAAAGAAAAGUAUGCAAAAGUUUUUCGAACAUAUCCAAAAUUUACGAACAAAAAGUUUGUCAUUAACCACCGAAGUUUUGAUUUUGCGCAGGUCAGUUGAUGCUCUUAUAAAACAAAUGCAAGAUACGAUGGAACGAGGUUUGGCUAAAAUAGAUUCAAUACAACAAGAACUUGAUAUUUACGAAGCUCAAAGAAAGAAGUUUAGGGACAAUUUAGACUUCACCUAUGAAAUUGAAGAAAUCGAAAUUCAAAAGAUCGACACGACAAAAAAAGUGGAAUACAGUUAUAACUGCACCAGAUGCAAAUAUUCAUGUCAUGAAAACUGCACCUGCAACACGAGCAAAGAACAAUGCAUAUCAAUGGAAGCUGACGGUACCUGCAGAAACUGUCCACUUGAAUGUGAUAUGAUGUAUCACGAAAAAGAAACAUACCAUUUCCGAAACCUUAUUACCAAAAGCACCAAGACAUAUAAUGGUAAAAAACGUUCAUGCAAAGAUGCAACGCAGUGUAUACAAACUCAGAUAGAAAUAAUCUCAAAAAUGCAUUCAGAAAUGAACGAAGCAGAAGAUACUCUCUCUAUGUGCUUGCCAGUAGUUACACACCGAAUCAACAAACUGAAGUUAAUGGCGUUAUUGAAAAAUCCAAUGUCAGUAGAGGAUUAUUUAGAAAUGCUAAUACAAAAAGAGAGAUUAGUUAAAAAAAUCGGGUUUGACCGACGAAUUGCUUUUCUUAAACGACAAAAACAGCAGGCAAAAUUAAAAACAACCACAAAAGAAAAUGUAGAUGCAUUCAAAACCGAAUCGGGGGCGGUUCGUGAAAGAAUUCGUCUGUUGUAUUUGUUGGACUAAGACAUCCUGCAAGUGACAACAUUAUUACAAAUGAAUCUUCAAAUAUGUAAAACAUAAAGGCAACAUAAAAAAACAAAAGUGCAACAAAAACAAACGUCAGCAUACAUAAAUACAUAACAGCAACAUUCCUGACUUGGUACAGACCAUAUGAGUUGAAUCUUGGUUUUGUACUGAUUGAUACUAAGUCGUUUAUAUUUGAUUUAAUUUUAUUUUUUAAUGUAGCAUUCAGCAACUGCAAUUUCUCUAAGAUAUGAUUUUGUGACCUUUUGUUAUUAUAGGGAUGUACAAUUACACUGUAAGGUCGUGUCAGUGAGUCUUUACUUGUUUGUCUAUUUUGUAUCGAUCUGAUGACAAAUUUUUGAGGAAGUUUUAGUUUAAGAAUACGAUUAUACACCAGAUUGCAGAAAAUUAUGUGUUAGUUGAAAGUUUCGCUUCAGCUGAAAUUUUAAUAUCUAGUUGUAAUGCAACAGAACAUUUGAUCAAAUAAGAACAAUGAAUUUAAUUUUGACGUUGAAGCAGAAUGUAUAUACAUUUUAUACACAAUAUUUUAUCAUGUAAAUUCUUUAUGCUUAAUGAUUUGAUUAAAUAUUAUAUACACAGGUUCGAUACAACGUAAUAUAGAUUGGGAUUUCCCGAGAAUUCUCUGCACCAUAAAUGAAUUUGUUGCUUCUUUUCCUGUUUAUAUGAAUUAUUUCAAUGUUUAUUUGGUAAUAUUGUCUAUGAAGCAAGAAUCCUACCUGUGGGCUGGCAUUUCUUGUGCUUACAAGAAGGAAAAGACAAUCUGUUAUAUUCAAAUCUCUAUAACAAUAUGGUUAUAAUAGAUAAUGUUUAUCCCAUAUGAAUACAUUUUAAUGACUGUUAAAUAUAGAUUCUUACAUUGAUACCAGUGGAUUAUCGGAUUUAUCCAAUCGAGAUAGUUAAAUUAUCAAUUUUAAAGUCCGAGCCGCCUCGGCGAGGACUUUAAAAUUUAUAAUUUAACUAUCGAGAUUGGAUAAAUCCGAUAAUCCACGAGUAACUAUGUAAGAAUCUGUUUCUCUAAUGAUUAAAAGACAUUUUCUUUUUUUGUUAACCGAAAAUCCCCCCACGAGUGCCUUUCACAUUGCACGAAGUUGUCAAUUUCAUUAACACCUGUUAUCAUAUUUUGAUUCAUCCAGUCAGCUAAAAAGGUCAUGACCCUUAAAAUCAUCCAAUGAUCUUUUGAGAUCACCAGCAACCACACGUUGAUUAAAAUUUUUUUAUACAAUGGGUUCGAAAAGGGAUAAUUUUCCAUAGAAUUAGAGAAAUGAGAAAUAUAUGGCUGAGUUCUGUUUUUCAAAAAAUGUAAAUGGAUAAGAACAACUCACCUUUUUUGAAAUUGAUUCUAUGAAAUGUUUUUAAACUCAAGACUAUUUAUCAGUUUUCGUGCAUCUAUUUAUCAUCGUACAGUCUUUUUAUUAAGAUGUGGGAUUAAUCGUUUGCCAAUUGAGACGGUAAGGUGGGACAAUUUACCAAGACCGUCACGACUGUCAGUCUUUCCGAUUGAACUGAUGUUUUUUUUUACAAUUAUAAGCAUGUAACUCUUGUAAAGAUGACGGAAGUAUCCACUUACCACAAAUGUAAAUGUUAUAAAUUUGCAACAGUAUAUUUGAAUUGUACAUUUGUAUUUUACUCUAGAUGCAACAUUUGUUAUGUUUAUAAUCAUUGUAAUAUUAGCUCCUCAGUAUCAUUAUUAGUUUAGUGAAUAUAAAA